CUCAACAAAUCGGAUAACUACCCGAUUAGCCCAAGAAACAUGUUUUUGUUCACUCCAGGUUGACCUGACCCGUUCACUGUCGCAGCAAACUAUCCCCUGAAAGCUGAUCAAAGCUCCUAUUUCGGCGAGCCCCCCAAAAUCCAUGGUUCAAACCCCGAAAAAGCUCCCAUUUGAACCCGAAAAUGAAGCUAACUCGCCAUGCUCGAGCUCUCAAAACCCAUAACCUUUUCUCAGAACAGAGGUUUUUUUCUACAUCUAAAUUCUCCAUUCAAGACAAUGAAGAAAAAGCCGAAGACAACCAAGUCAUUUCCAACCUGAAACUCAUUGUACGAGGAAGACAAAGCUGGAAGAUCGCAUUAAACGACACGGCUUUCCUAGAACCUCACUAUGUCGAGGAAGUUUUAAUCCAAACCUUGGACGACCCGAGGUUAGCUUUAAGGUUUAACUUCCUGGGACUCCACAAAAACUUCCACCACUCAACGGAGUCGUUUUGUGUGUUGAUUCACGCUUUGCUUAACGUUAAUCUCUUUUGGCCUGCCUCUUCGCUUUUACAAACGCUUUUGCUUCGUGGUUUGAGUCCGAUGGAGGUUUUUGAAGCCCUUUCGAAGGCUUCUGAGAAAUGUAAGUUUGUUUCGAGUUCGGGUUUUGAUUUGUUGAUCCAAACUUAUGUGCAAAAUAAGAGAGCUUUUGAUGGUUUAAUGAUAUUUAGAUUAAUGAGGAAGUGUAAUUGUUAUUUAUUGCCUGAAAUUAGGACUUUAAGUGCUCUUUUAAAUGAUUUAGCGAAAAUUAGGCAGUUUGGUAUUGUUUUGGAAGUGUUUGAUGAGAUUGUGAAAGCUGGUGUUAGGCCUGAUAUUUUUAUAUACACUGUGGUGAUUCAUAGUUUUUGCGAAUUGAAGGAUUUUGUUAGAGCUAAGGAAAUGGUUUGUCAAAUGGUGUCGAAUGGGAGCGAGUUGAAUGUGGUGGUUUACAAUGUGCUUAUUCAUGGGCUUUGUAAGAGUCAGAGGGUGUGGGAGGCGGUUGAGAUUAAGAAUGGAUUGGUUCACAGGGGUUUGGCAGCGGAUAUUAUCCCGUACCAUACAUUAGUACUUGGUUUUUGCAGAGUUGAGGGGUUUGAUGUUGCUGUGGAGUUGAUCAAGGAGAUGAUAGAGUUUGGUUUUGUACCAGGUAAAGCUGUAGUUACAAGUCUAGUUGAGGCGUUGAGGAGGAAGGGGAAGAUUGACGAUGCUUUUGGUUUGGUAAGGAAAGAAGGGGUAGUUGGGGCAGCACCUAAUUUGUUUGUUUACAAUGCAUUGAUCAAUUCAUUGUGCAAAGACGGGAAAUUUUAUGAAGCAGAGUUGCUUUUCAAUGAAAUGGAUGGUUUGUAUCCAAAUGAUGUUACUUAUUCUAUUUUGAUUGAUUCAUUUUGUAGAAGAGGGAAAAUGGAUAUUGCACUUAGCUUUCUUGGUAAAAUGAUGGAGGCAGGAAUAAAAGUAACAGUCUAUCCCUACAAUUCUUUAAUCAGUGGGGGGUACUGCAAGCUAGGAAAUUUGAGUUUAGCUGAGUCUGUUUUUGGUGAGAUGAUUAACAAAGGAUUGCAGCCAAAUGUGAUAACUUACACAUCAUUGUUAAGUGGAUAUUGCAAUGAACAAAAAUUGCACAAGGCAUUUAGGCGUUAUCAUGAGAUGACAGGGAAGGGAAUUGCACCGAAUACUGACACGUUUACUGCCCUUAUCUCUGGCCUUUGUCGGGCAAAUAUGAUGGCUGAGGCAAUUGGAUUGUUUGGUCAAAUGGUGGAGAGAAACAUUAUACCAAAUGAGGUGACCUAUAAUGUUCUGAUCGAGGGGCACUGCCGGGAUGGUAACAUGGCAAAAGCCUUUGAAUUGCUUGAUGAAAUGGCAGAGAAAGGUCUUGUGCCUGAUACUUAUACUUGUAGGCCUCUGAUAAGUGGUCUUUGCUCUAUUGGUAGUGUAUCAGAAGCCAAAGAGUUCAUGGAUGGUUUGCACAGAGAUCAUCAUAAGUUGAAUGAGAUGUGUUAUAGUGCACUGUUACAUGGUUAUUGCAAGGAAGGAAAAUUAGAGGAUGCAUUGAGUGCUUGUCAUGAAAUGGUUGCAUGAGGCAUCAAUAUGGACCUUGUUUGUUAUGGCGUACUUAUUGAUGGAACUCUAAAACAUCAUGACACAAGAAGGUUAGCUGGUCCUUUAAAGGAGAUGGAUGAUCAAGUGAGCCCUGACAAUGUGAUGUAUACGAGCAUGAUUGAUGCAAAUGGUAAAGCAGGAAACCUUAGGGAGGCUUUUGGGCUUUGGGAUAUUAUGAUUGGUGAAGGAUGCAUUCCAAAUGUUGUGACAUAUACUGCUCUGAUAAAUGGUUUAUGUAAGGCAGGUUUCAUGGAUAAAGCUGAGCUUCUUUGUAAAGAAAUGCUGGUCAGUGAUUCGCUUCCAAAUCAGAUAACAUAUGGUUGUUUCAUUGAUCAUCUCACUAAGGAAGGAAGUAUGGAGAAAGCUGUAGAGCUUCACAAUGCAAUUUUUAAAGGAGUUUUAGCUAACACAGUCACACUUAAUAUACUUAUCCGUGGUUUUUGCAAGUUGGGUAGACUUCAGGAGGCGAUGGAGCUUUUAGUUGGAAUGACUGACAAUGUUAUUUUCCCGGAUUGUAUUUCUUAUUCAACUAUAAUUUAUGAGCACUGCAGAAGGGGUAAUUUACCGGAAGCUAUUCAGCUGUGGGACUCGAUGCUAAAUGAGGGUAUAAAGCCAGAUACACUGGCAUAUAACCUUUUGAUAUAUGGUUGUUGCAUUGCUGGAGAACUGAAAAAGGCUUUUGAAUUGCGUGAUGACAUGUUGAGAAGAGGUGUUAAGCCAAAUCAGGUUACACAUGAUAAUCUUGUUCAUGGAACUCGUUGGAAGAAUUCAUAUAUGAACAUUGAUGAAUAUUAUGCUUGAAAAACGUUUUUUACAGGAAACCGAAGACUUCCCAAGAUGUGUUGUUAUUGGGAUGGCCUUGAUAGGUAGCAUUAAU